GAGCUGUUCAUGGCGCAGUGCUACGGCAACGCGCGCGACCCCGGCAAGGGCCGGCAGAUGCCGGUGCACUACGGCUGCCCCGAGCGCCACUUCGUCACCAUCUCGUCGCCGCUGGCCACGCAGAUCCCGCAAGCCGUGGGCGCCGCCUACGCCAUCAAGCGCGCGGACGCCAGCCGGGCGGUGGUCUGCUAUUUCGGGGAGGGGGCGGCCAGCGAGGGCGACGCCCACGCCGGCUUCAACUUCGCCGCCACGCUCGAGUGCCCCAUCGUCUUCUUCUGCCGCAACAACGGCUACGCCAUCUCCACGCCCACCUCCGAGCAGUACCGCGGUGAUGGAAUCGGUGGGGAGACAAAAAUCCCGAAAUUUUGGGGAGUUUUGGGCG